AUGAUUUCUCUAAUGUGUUCUCACUCGCGUUUAUGCACGGCUGCCCUUAUUUUCUACACCUGCAUAUGGAUUCCAUUUCUUCAGCUCAAGAGAGCUCUUCUCAGGUUACUUGGCUUUGCCCUUCCAUGGGAUCGAGCAGAGGAGAGCUGCCAGGUGAAUGUCUGCCUUGCGGUGGCAAGGUUUGAAGAUUUGAAACUUUCAAACUGCAGCAGAGGAAGAACAGCAGACAAUGGAGAAGUAGAGGAAGUGUGCUCCAUUUGCUUGGUGGAGUUCGAAAAGGAAGAUGUUGUCAGCCAACUCCGCAAAUGCCGACAUGUCUUCCAUAUGAACUGCAUUGAGAAAUGGCUAGACCACGAUCAGUUUACCUGCCCACUUUGCCGGUCUUUCUUGUUUGAUAAUGUAAAUUCUUCUCAUGCAAAAUGUGGAACCACUCCACAUACAGCCUCCCACCUAAUUUCUUCCUGGCUUUCAUUUUAAAUUUCCUUUUGGAGGCACUAUUUUUACAUCAUAGCUGAGAGUAAAUAUGUACA